UAUUCAAUUUCUCCAUCUAAAAUGAAUAUUCCGAAAAUUCUGAACAACAAUUUAGUUUUAAAGCGAAUUUUUUGUCGAAAUUACUCCGUUAAAGUGCUAGGAAUUGAAACAAGUUGUGACGAUACUGCAGUAGCAAUUGUCAACGAGAAACGAGAGAUUUUAUCUUCAGAGCGGUACACAGAACGGGCGAUUCAGAGACAACAAGGCGGGAUUAAUCCUUCAGUCUGCGCACUUCAACACCGUGAGAACCUUCCAAGGCUUAUAGAAAAGUGUCUGAACGACGCUGGAACAUCACCGAAAGAUCUGGAUGCAGUAGCGGUUACAGUAACGCCUGGAUUAGUUAUUGCACUUAAAGAGGGAAUUUCAGCGGCGAUUGGAUUUGCAAAAAAACAUCGUCUUCCACUGAUUCCAGUUCAUCAUAUGAGAGCCCAUGCUCUGUCAAUUCUUCUCGUCGAUGAUUCAGUGCGAUUUCCAUUUUCAGCAGUUCUUCUUUCGGGUGGUCAUGCAUUGAUUUCUGUUGCAGAAGAUGUCGAGAAAUUCAAAUUGUACGGCCAAAGUGUCAGUGGAAGCCCGGGCGAGUGCAUUGACAAAGUUGCGCGGCAGCUUGGAGAUCUUGGAUCAGAAUUCGAUGGGAUUCAUGUGGGCGCUGCGGUGGAAAUUCUAGCCUCUAGAGCCUCUGCUGAUGGCCAUUUGAGAUAUCCCAUAUUUCUUCCAAACGUUCCAAAAGCUAAUAUGAACUUCGAUCAAAUCAAAGGAUCCUAUCUGAAUUUGCUGGAAAGAUUGAGAAAAAACUCUGAAACAUCAAUUGAUAUUCCAGAUUUUUGUGCUAGCCUUCAGAACACCGUAGCCCGACAUAUCUCGAGCAAACUUCACAUCUUCUUCGAAAGUCUCUCCGAGCAGGAAAAACUUCCAAAACAGCUGGUGAUCGGCGGCGGAGUGGCGGCGAAUCAGUACAUUUUUGGAGCAAUCUCAAAACUAUCAGCUGCUCACAAUGUCACAACCAUCAAAGUCCUCUUGUCCCUUUGCACAGACAAUGCCGAAAUGAUCGCCUACAGUGGCCUUCUGAUGCUCGUCAAUCGAUCGGAGGCAAUUUGGUGGCGACCGAAUGACAUUCCUGACACAAUUUAUGCACACGCUAGAAGCGAUAUUGGGACGGAUGCUUCUUCGGAAAUCAUUGAUACACCGCGUCGGAAACUGGUGACAUCCACGAUCCAUGGCACCGAGCGGAUACGAUUCCGGAAUCUGGAUGAUUUUAAGAAGCCUAAAAGCCCUAAAACAACUGAAUGAAGAAAAUUUUCUAAUAAAAAAUGCACAUAAUUUU